AUGGCCAUAAAGGUUAACAGCGAUGGCCAAUCGCCGCUUCCUGCCAACGUCUUCAGCUUCGGCAAGCACAAGGGCCGUAGCUUCCUAGAUGUCGCAAAUAAUGAGGCGAGCUACUGCAACUGGGCCCUGAACCAGGAAAACCCAUCCGGCCAAUUGAGGGACUUCGCCAUGUAUCUCCAGAAGAUGGGCAGGCGGCCUGCCGCAAAGGCACCAGCAAGCAACAAGGCAGCACAGGCGCCGCGAGCCUUAGCCACGCCCCAGAAUGCACAGCUGGGUCCACAGAUGUUGCUGGUCUGCGAGCUGGUACAAGAAGAUCGCUUCCUGGUUCGCCCAGAGAGGAUUGGCAGCAAGGAGACAGCCUUUGUGCCACCACAUGUCUGGCAUGCGCUCGGCAAGUUGGACGGAGCGUCCUUGGCGGUAGACAAGAAGUCCUGGGUGUUUCCCUUACAGAAAUACAAGGCCGUCGUGGCUGGCCUAGAAGAGAUUGGCCAGGUGGACCAGAUACCCAGCUGGGUCUUGAACCUGCUUGAGAAGGCCAAGCGCAUAAAUGGCAAUGAAAUUCAGGAGGCCCGCUUACCACCGCGGCUCCUGGAGUACCAGGUUGAGGGCGUCAACUUCGCCAUGCAGAAAGGCGGGCGGGUCCUCAUUGCGGAUGAGAUGGGCCUUGGGAAGACGUUGCAGGCGCUAGCUUUGGCCGCGCAGUACCGGGAAAAUUGGCCCGUCCUGGUGGUUUGCCCUUCUUCUUUGCGUUGGCUUUGGAAGGAGCAGGCCUUGGAAUGGCUUGGCGAGAUCUUGCACCCCGAUGACGUGCAGGUGAUACGCAAAGGCUCAGAACCGUUAAGCGCAAAAAGCAAGAUGUGGAUCAUCUCGUACAACAUGCUGGCAUCUGAUGCGAACCGCGGCAAGUUUACUCAGCGCCCAGAUGGACAGCCACAUGGAGUUGUUAUCGCCGACGAGAGCCACAACAUCAAAGACUGGGGAGCAGCAAGAACCAAGACCAUGGUGCCAAUGUUGAAGAACGCAGCUCGUGCGGUUUUACUCUCCGGUACGCCGACAAGGAACUCCCCCGACGAGCUUCAUCCGCAGCUGUGCGGCUUGCUACCGGAGGUCAGCAGGAUGAACGACUUCCGGGCAAGAUAUUGCAUCAUGCAGCAGCAGUCGUUCGGUGGGCGUCCCGUAAGCAGAGUUGUCGGGGCCCGCUGCGCCACAGAGCUGAAUUUCCUCCUCACAUCCACGGUCAUGAUUCGAAGGCACAAGACAGAGGUGCUGUCGCAGCUACCGGCAAAGCGCAGACAGCGCGUACCACUGGACGUUGAUAGCAAGUUCCUGCGUGAUGCUCCCUCGGAAUUGGACCAGUUCCUGGGAUCCGAUGGACUUGCAAAGCCGGACACUGCCAACAUAUUCAUGCAGAUUGCGAAGGCCAAGCUCAAGGCUGUGAAAGAGUACCUGUCCGAAGUCCUGGAGAGGGUUGAUGAUAAGGUCAUCAUUUUCGCUCAUCAUAGGCUGGUGAUGGACGAGAUCUCAGAGCUUUUGCUCAAGCAGCUUCCCAAGAUGGGCUACUCCUUCGUGAGAAUCGAUGGAGGAACAGCUCCGGCGAAGCGUCCAGAGCUGGUGAAGCAAUUCCAAGAGCAGGAAGAUUGCCGGAUAGCACUCCUGUCAAUCACUGCCUGUGGCGAAGGCCUCACGCUGACGGCAGCCAGUUUGGUGAUCUUUGCCGAGCUUUACUGGGUCCCGGGUGCAGUCGAGCAGGCAGAAGCAAGAGCCCAUCGACUGGGAAGCACCCACAGCAAGAUUGUGGUGGAGUUCCUGGUGGUGCCUAACUCCCCAGACGAGACCAUUUAUCGAAGCUUGGAACGAAAGAAGCAGGACACUUCCCACGUCCUUGAUGGCAUCAAAGAGUCCAUGAAUGUGGCGACUGCCCAGCACCUUCCAAAGAAGAGGGCAGCCGGAGAUGGCUCAGGAGCUGGAGAGAAGCGCUUCAAGGCACCACCACCGGGAUCUGAGCCUCCUGUCGACCGCUCCAAGGUAGAUGUGUUACUCAAGGCCAUCCGCGAUGGUCGCAAGGGCCUUACUGGACACGUGGAGGACCAGCUCGAGGUCGUAGACACAGAGCCCUCCAAGGAAGACCCAGGAUUGGGUUUCACCUGGGUCCUGAUAGCAGAAAAGAAGGCACAACUACGGCGAGCGUUUGAACUCGAGAUGUCGGCAUCCCAAACAAAAGCUGCCGGCGUUCGCUGGGAGCUGGAGGCUUGGCUUAAUCAGCAAAAGCGGGACCAGGAGUAUGAGGAGCUUCUCCGAGGUGGCUUCUCAAAGGACCGAAUGUUUCGAUUCUUCAGCGUACGGCCCCACCUCAUCUUCCGUCGAUUCUUUGAGAUAGGGCAGGUCCUGUGGCCCACGUGGCAGAUCUGGACGAACCCUCAGGACCAAAAUCGAGGGGAGCACUUGAAGACCAGCCUUCAAAGGUUGGGGCCGGUCUUUGUAAAAGUGGGUCAGACUCUCGCACAACGGCCGGAUAUUGUGGGAGAGGAAGCCGCAGAUGUCCUGAAGACCUUGCAGUCCAAAAGUGCACCUUUCGCCGAUGAGAUCGCCCAUCGAAUCGUGCUGGAAGAUCUGAAUCACACCGGGCCCCUGGCGCCAGGGGUCUGUCCAGAGGGCCUAGGCUUAGAUGGGGAGGACUGCGCUCCGCUGUUUAAAGCCUUUUCAAGCAAACCUGUUGCAGCUGCAAGCCUGGGACAAGUCUACAAAGCAACCACCCGGGAAGGGCAGGACAUUGCUGUCAAGGUCAUGCGCCCUGGGGUUGCUCGGCUGGUUGCAUGUGACUGGGUUUGCUGGUUCCUGGGCUUGAAGUUACAGCGGCUCAUCACUGGAUCCUUUAAUGAUUUCGCCAAGCUGGCGGAUGGUGUGGCCAGCGGAGUAUUCCUUGAGCUCGACUAUCACAAUGAGGGGCGCAACAUGGAAGACUUCGUACGUGAGCACAUGUGGUUGGGAUUCGUGACCGCGCCCGCCUGGGUACACAAAUACACAGGUCCGGCGGGGAAUGCCCGCAUACUGAGCACUGAGUGGGCGGAUGGCCUUGACUUCCAGGACCUACCGGAGCGGCUCCGUCAUCGAGCUGUUCAACUGGCUGCGGAAGCUUGCUUGGUCCAGUUGAUGAUUACUGGCUUUGUGCAUGCAGAUCCCCACGAGGGGAACCUGAAGUACAUGGACGAUGGGCGGAUUUGCUUCUUAGAUUUCGGCUUGAUGGACAGGGUUUCUCCCAAAGUUAUGGAGGGCUUUGCAGAAGGAAUCCGGAGCGUUGUUGCACGGAACUGGACGCAGCUGGCACUCGCAAUGCAAAUUGUGGAGUUUGUGCCCAAUCCAGUCAAGAAGAACCUGAGACCGAACAGCACCCGGCCUUUGUGGGUGGAGAGCACCUUCGAUGAAUUUGUGGCUGCACUUGCUGAAGAGGUUGGAGAGGAUAGUGAUGCGCAGACUCGCUUCGGCGACAUGGCAGCUGCGCUGAAGCGCUUGUCAACUCGAUUCCUGAUGUUGACCCCGGACUAUGUCGUGCUGAUGACCCGUACGUUUGUGACUUUGGAAGGAAUCGCAGCACAGUACGACCCCGACUUCAACAUCUAUACUACUGCCUUGCCCAUCACCUUGCGCCGCAUCGUUUCUCCAAGCACCGCUGCCUCCCGACGGGCCUUCCGCAACAACAUCCUGACGCAGAGUGGGGAGCUGAAAUGGAAUGAGCUGGAAGGGCUUCUAAAGGCCUCAGAGCAGGACCCACCUCCUGAAUCUGAUACAAAGAUGACUCUCCUUGAUGAGGAGGAUGAGCAGCCUUCCCAAAGUGGUUUCAAGCCUUUGGAGGGGCUACUUGGUUCUAGCGAGGGGCGUAGCCUACGACGCCUUGCCUAUGACGUCGACAUCAAGGCCCUCUUUGCUUACCUGGCCUCCAGCCAAGGCCGGUCCCUUCGAAAGCAGGCAGCGGCUUGGUUGGCCUCGCAGUUGGACGUCCGGCGCGCGCUGCGGAGCAUCGCGAGGGACCCGCCCGCCGGAUCCAGGGAGUUUGAGAAGCUCCAGAAGCAGCGUGCGCAGCGCGAGCGACGA